CACAAAAAGACAUAAAAAGACUCCCUUCGUUCCAUCCACCUCAUGCUGCCGCUGCCCAGCGCCUACCGGAGGGUGCGCACAGGAGUGCCGAGCUCGCGCGGAACGCCCAUCCUCCGCGCGCCGAGGGAGAAUGAGACCGGAGGAGAAGCAGCGGGCGAUGGCUGGGCGAUGCCUGCGGGUGAUGCAGGAACGGCGCCAGUGAUUGGACAGUCGCGAGGGCUGCCGCGGCCUCCGGUCCGCCCGGCGGUGCGCAUCACGCCGUCCAAAGUGCGGCGCGAUGGGAGCAGAUCGGAGCCAGAUGGAGGCGCUUUGUGGCCGAAGAGCAAGGUGUUGCCGGCGCCCCGCCGACGGGAAGCGGGCAUGGCGAUAGGUGCAGGCCUAAAGAAACAGCUGCCACAGAAGCGGCCACUGGAAGACUCAGGCGUCCCACUGCCCUCGACCACGCGGAUCUUCGUGAGCAGCAUCCCUCCAGAUGACUGCACGCAGCCGGUGCUCGAGGAGUUCUUCAGUCACUUUGGCCAGGUGACUUCAGUGAGCAUCCCCGUGGGCGCGCUAGGUCAUGCGACCAUCAGCUUUGCCACUGCUGAGGAGGCAGAUCGCGUGUUUGAGGAUCCGGAAACUCUGGUGAUGAGUGGCCAGCUUCUGGAGUGCAAGCCCUGCGUGGGUGGUAAGGGCCAGCCGCGCGGCACAAGCAAUGGCAACUGGACCAGUCAAGAAGAGCAAUGGGGUUUCGAAGAAGGCCAAGGCACAAGCGAAGGCAACUGGGCCAGUCAAGAAGAACAAUGGGGCUUCGAAGAAGGCUCAGGAAAACCGAAGUCGGAACUUCCCGAGCAAGGCUGGGCAUCGGGAGGCGGCAAAAGCAACGUGAUAGGACAGAGCAAAGGAGAACCUCACCGGCCCAGAGAAGGCCCGCAAGACCAUACGAACUCCGCACGGAGGCGCUGGCCUCCGCGGGGUGGAAAGGGCAGGGAGGAGUCAGCGCGGCCCAAAGAAGGCCUAGCAGAGCUCACGGAGCCAAAGCUCUUCGUGCGACGACUACCUCAAGCCACCACGGAAGACGAGCUUCGGGAGUAUUUCGAGUCCUUCGGCACGGUGAAGGACCUUGCUUUGAUCUACCACCCGGACACUGGGGCGUUCCGCGGGUACGGCUUCGUGAGCUUUGAGGACCUGGAGGCUGCGAGGGCUGUGCUGCAGAACUACGACAACAAUUGGUUUAAGAACCGGUGGAUCGAUUGCCAGGUCAAAGGUGCAGGCGCCGCAGGCGGGCGGACAGAGACCUCCCGGCUGCUGGUGGAGGGCGUGGCACAGACCCUCAAGGAGGAGCUCCGAGAGCACUUGGAGUGCUUCGGCGCGGUGAAGGAGAUGACCUUCACGGGCGACGGCCGGUGCGAAGUGACCUUCGGCCUGUCCGGCUCUGCGGCCGCAGCAUGUGCAAAGGCCAGCAUCGUCCUGAACGGAGAGGCCUUGCGGCUGUCGGUCAUGGAGGAGCAGAGGACGCGCCCAGACGAAGGCGAAGGGGACGAGGAGACGACGAAGAUGGUCUUCUUGCAGAAAGUCCCUGAGGACUGGACGAGCGUGGAAGCGCGGCAGUACUUCCAGAAGUUUGGGCAAGUUGUGGAGCUGACCCUGCCCUUUGAAGCAGACGGUGAGAGAGGCGCUCUCCUCACCUUCGACAGCUGUGAAUCGUCCGCGAAGGCGAUUGCCUUUGCGAAGGUCGGCGCGCCGAAGCCCUACUUUGCAGGUGCGGCGGUGAAGGCUGAGAAGGAGCCACCCCAGGAGGUGUUCUUGCACGUCCGGAACGUGGCGCCGGGGCGGCGGCUGGACACGUCGGAUGUGUUCAAAAUCUUUGGCAAGUACAGCCUGGCGCGCAUACGGGACCUGGAGGGUGAGGCCAUGGUCGAGUUCGCUUCCACCGGCGAAUGUAUCAAAGCCUUUGAAGAGCAAGAUGGAGUCAGGGCCAAUGGCGUCCAGUUGGCACUGGAAGGUUCCACGCGCGAUGCCUUCAUGGAGUUUCGGAAGCGCCAGGAGCGGACAUGGGGCGGCCCGCGCCCGCCUGGGCGGUGA